AUGGCGGAAACGCUGCAAGUACGGGUGAACAGUUUAGCGGAGAACCUCGCCGUCCUACGGGAACUCCAAGCGCGCAAGGAGGUGCAAGAUCGGAGGACAAAGGACGAAUUGGACACGCUCUUUUGGAAGGUCAACGCCGAGUGCACCAGGAGGUCAGCUAAGGAUAAGUCUGAGAAAACACAAAAAGUAGGACAUUAUGGACAUUUAUCUGGAUUUCCAUCUGGCAAAUGGUGGGGCAUACGUAUGGACUGCUCCAGAGAUUGUGUACAUGAGCCUUUAAAUGAAAACGUGGCUCAAGGCCCAUUCGGGGCAACAUCUGUCUGCACAUCUCAUCUUAACACUUACAACGAUGUGGAUUUAGGUGAUAUAUUGACUUUUACAGGCCAGGAAUACAGUGCAAAUGACAAAUCCAAAGAUUCUUUGACAUUGAGUCAUAAGAACAGGGUACCUAUAAGGCUCGUGAGAAGCUACUGUCUUUCAAAUGAUUACGCUCCUAAGACUGGUUGUAGAUACGAUGGCUUGUACACAGUGAUAGAUCACUGGUUAGGCUCAUCAGCAGACAAUACAAAGUAUCAUAAGUUUGCUCUAGUAAGGGUGCUAAAUCAAGUCAGCCCCGUGUGGGCUGGAAAAGUAUCCAGAUUCUCAAUCAUUAACUCAACUAAGAAAUCCUUGUCUCCUAGACUCACUAGGAGCUUUAAAAAAAUAAUCCCUCAAAAAUCAAAAACUCCAAAAUUUGUGUAUAACAAAGUUGUAGGGGAGCCUAAUUUAGGCACCGUCAGUGCAAUAGUGUCCAGGCAGGUGUUUAACAAACAAAUCCCAGGAUCUCCGGACAGUUCUCCGAAAUCUGUCUCAGGCUCAGAUUCAUCGAGCUUCUGUCUGGUUUCGUGCGCAAAGAAAUCGUGCAAUACAAAUUUAUCCAUACGCACAAACUUGUACAAUUCGUCCCCGCAAGACGCUAAAAGAUCUUCUAACUACACAUUCAAACCCACGUCUUACCUCAAAUCUAAUCAAUUUUUGCGAUAUUCGCAAAAGAAUCAACCAGAGGCUGAAAAACCCGGUACUGACACGUCAGAUACCGAGGGUACCGACAAAACUCCCUCCAUAAGGUACUCGCCGACCAACGAAUGUUCAGAGAAAAAAAUCAAACGAGUCACUUGGGCAGUAACUCCCGAGUCAAAAAACGGCUAUAAGACCAACGAUUCCAACGUCUUUGUAAAUAAAAAUCCAUCCUCUUUGAAGCAGUCGCCCUCUCAGAGCUCCAGUAUGAAAACCUUUCAGCACGUCGCCCAAAUUCACGCAGUGGCAACUCCGCCACCGAAUGCCAACGCUCUUGCCACGAUGUGCGAAAUACAUCAGGAGAGUAGUGACGAAUCGGCUGGCGAGUUGUCAAUGAGCAUAGACUCCCUAGCACCGGACAAGCUGGUGAGCAUAAUCGUUAAAGAAAAGUACCAUCCUAUGGCCAAAUUGCUGAUUGGAAACAUGAUUGGACUGGAAAACGGAGAAUCGGAAAUACUCGGUGCUUACAAUACUCUUAUAUCUAAGAUAAAUCAGGACGAUUCUAAGGUGCCAUCAAAGGAAAACAAGUUAAGGAGCAAAUUUUACAUAAGAAACAAGACGCGAAAGAACGGAGUCUCGAAGAAGCAGAGGCGAGAGAUCGCCAAUCUGAUAAUCGAUGCAAAAUUUGAUCCAGUGACGCGGGGUUCCAGGAGGCGUAGACUGCGAUCGCCUAAAAAAUAUCCGAUGUCAAAGUCAGAAAUGUCGCAGCGAAAGCUUGUCAAUGCGCGAAGGAUACCGUCACGAAAUCUCAAUAAGGAUAUGAGGAAACCAAAAGAGAUAAGAAGCGCGAAUAUCGACAUGCAGUCGAAAAAGAUUGAGAAGAGAAAGAGAAAACAAGAUGAGCCAGAGGUCACGGUAAAAAGGCCAAAAAUGGUCAACUCGGGGGUUCAGUGUAUGCUUCUCGUAGCGCCGAGCGUCGAUCAAGCUGAGCAGUGUAACACCGUUACGUGCACUGGAACAAGUCCAAUGGAAGUUGAAGAAGCCAGCCGGUACUUUGAUGACGUGAUCAAAUCGGAGCCAAGGUCGAUUGAUAAUGAAGCAAUGGUUUACGAUAAUGCACCCUGUGAACUGACAUCUAACGUUGCGGAAAAAGGCUCUUCCAAUGUCUUUCGCUCGGCGUUUGUAGCAGUAAACGCGGUGAGCAGUAGUAUUAGAAUAGCCAGACUUAGAUCGAUUGGUUUCAAACCAAUAAGGAGUACACCUGUGAUAGAGGAAGACUCUAAUCAAUUAAAUCAGGAUUAUGAUAGGCCAGAAGUGGAUGAAGAAUACAAUAAAUACACCAGUGAAGAGACCGACGAGGUAGCCUACCUGGAAGAAGAGCUUCACUUUGAAGACAUUGAAGACGAGGUGGUGGUGAUGAAUGCCAAAAAAAUAUGUGAAGAAAAACGGAGGGAAAAUUAUAGGAAUCUUUUACCCCAACCAAUGGAGACUUUGCCAGAGAAGGAUUUCGACAGGCCCUGGCACGGCUGGAAGAAAAUCUGUGCCAACGGUCAGUCACUUUGGAUUGGUUAUUAACUUUUUCUUUAUUUUUAAUCGAUUUAAGAUUUCGUCAAGAAUGACAUUAAAUUAAUGGAAUAUUUAUGCUUCAAUUGCCAUUGAUUGCGUGAAUAAUGUAUUUUGAAAAAUUACUAUCGAAAUAUUUAAUCACCUUAAGA